CAGCAACAUACUUUCAAAUACAUAAAUAAUUACAAAUAGUACAUAUUGUAGACGAAAUCUGGCGCGGAAUUGGCAGCUUUGGCAAGUAGGACAUGGGGGACCAGAGGGUUGGCGUGGUGCUGUACGAUGUGACGUAGCAACACAUCCAGUAUACCGGGGGCACCAGAGAUUCGCGGCGAUGGGAGAGUUUCUGGUUGCUUGGUGGGUUGGAAAGAGGAGUUCCCUGCUCGUUGUAUCCACUUGUGCAGCACUGGAAGGAUCCGACAAUGGUAUGAGAGACAUAUGUUUGGCCAAGCAAGGGAUGCAUGUCCUCGCACACUUUCAAGACGCUGGGAAGUGGAAUGGACGAUUGAUUGUACGUGGCUAUCGCUUCCAGAAGGACCGUUUAGGGGGACGUGGCGGCAUGGACUGACUUGUCGGCGGAGGUUUCCUGGACACGGGUGUUUGUGGAGGUCGAUGCUCGUGAAUGGAGUGAAGGGGAAGAGAUUGUCCCAGGUGGCGGAAGGUGGGCCGUUCCGGACGAAGUUUUGCUUUAAUGUCGUCGUCGCACGCGUUGGCCACGGAUGCAGUGGAGAGGGUCAUGAGCGAGGUGUAGUAGCAAGGCACGCACACGUCCACGACGACAGUGACAUAUCGGACGUCGCCAGUCCGAAGACUUACCAUGGUGCCCUCGACUUUGGCUGCUUCGGAGCAAUCGACGCACACGACGUUCCCGCACAUGGCGCAGUUGGACUUGGGAUUCCAGUGGAAAAACGUCUUGCAAUGAUGGCAUUCGAACGUGACCGACGGAUCUUUCCAGUGCAGGCGAUGGCUCAACCGGUCCAUGAGGACAGAGUCCGCCUCUUGGAUGAGAUGCGUGAGCCGAACAACCAUCGCCACACCCACCGCGACGCCACGUGACUGACCGACGCCGAUGAGCCAAGCCAGUUUUU